AUGGAUUUAAACAACAACACAAAUAAAACCUUGGAAAACUUGAAAAAUAGAAUUAAGGAGUUAGAACAAGGUAAAAAGAAAUCUGACGAUGAAAAUCGAUUGUUACACACCUUUUUGUUGAAUGAAAUAGGUAGUAAAGAAUUGGAUAAUUUAAGAAUAUUAUUAGCAGGACAGAAACUUACUGAGAUAUUAGCUGAAUUAGAAGAACGAAGGCAAGAAGUGCAUAACUUAAAUUUUGAUUUAAAAAUAAUGAGAGAAGAAUUUUCAAAGUUACGUUCGCAAUUCAAAGAUUUAGAAAAAGAGGUUAAAAUGCGAAAAGAAGAAACCUAA